AGAGACUCUGACAGUCGAGAGCCAGAGACCGAGAGAGAAGCACGAUGUCUGAAUUCAGAAGGAUCAUGAUGUCUUCAUUCCUGAUGCUGCUGCUCCACUUUUCAGCUGCAGCUGUGAAACAAUACUACCUCAUUGUCAGAGCUGGAGAUGAAGUCACUUUGCCUUUUGACAAUGUGAUAGAUGAUCAGGAUAAGUGUGAGAGUACUGAGUGGAGCUUCAUUGGUUCAAGAACAGGAGUGAUUCUGUUUAAAGACGGGCAGAUUCACAAAGAAGCCAAAGCUAAAUCAGACAGACUGAGAGUUACACAGAAUUGUUCUCUGGUUAUAAAGAAGGUCACAGAGGAGGAUGCUGGAGGUUACUUCUGCAGACAGUUCAGAUCAGGAGAACGACAAGAUCCAGUCUCUUGGGUUUUUCUGUAUGUUGUUACCAUGACUGGACAUCAGGACAAUGAUGAGGUGACACUAAACUGCUCUGUGACGAGAUAUGGAGGGUGUGCACAGACAGCAAAGUGGCUGCUUCAGGGUCGAGAUGUGGAUAAAGAUCACAGAGAUAUAAAGACAUCACAGUCUUCCUGCUCUGCCUCUGUGACAUUUCUGACUUCUCUCUUUAGUUACACAACAAGGUCUGAGUUGUUUACUUGUGAAGUAACUUAUAGGUUCACAAGAGAAGUACAUCAGUUUCCCUUCAGCCCUCAGUCCUCAGGUGAGGACAGAAAACCAGCAACAGCUAAAAACAACUUAAACUCAGGUCGCUUGAGGCUCAUCAUGGUGUCUGUGGGUUUAGCGGCUCUCAUCAUCACCGUGGUUACAGUCAACAUAUGGACAAGAGCUAAAGGGAGCAAAGCACAGACGGAAGAAAACAUGGAGCAGAAUGAUGAAGAUGAAGAUGAAGAUGAGGUGAACUAUGAAAACGAUGGAGGGGCUUCUGCCUCUGUGUGACUGAUCAACAACAUCAACUCCCCUCAGAGUCCAUGCUGUCAAACAUCACCUCCUCAUAUUCUACAGGAGAAAACAGGAGAACCAUGAGAUCAUUGGAACAUUUCUGAUGACUGAGAACACCUGAGCCCCAUGAGAGGCCCUUCAGAAACUCACCUCCAUAUGAUAGGAAACAUAGCUCAUUAUAUUCAUUCAUUUCUGAUUUAACGUCCUUUAAGUAUGCUCUCACAUUCCCAUAGUUAUAUAUCUGAUCUAUA